AUUUGGCGAUUUUUCCGUCUUCCUGCUUUUAUUUCCUUCAAGAAAGUGAAGAAUUUCUUCAAAGUUUUAUCAUCUAUGCCUUUGUCGGACGUGCUCAAAACGUGGCUAGUCAUGUAAAGCAGCCUAGCGACCAUGCCUUUGAUAAAACGACAAGUGGAACCGACGCAUCUCAGCAGAGGUGUGGUAUCAGACCGUAUAACUAAUGAAUUAGAAUGUGUCACCAAUAACACAUUAGCCGGAGUGAUUCGGCAGCUCAGUAGUCUUGGUAGGCAUGCGGAAGACAUCUUUGGAGAGCUCUACAAUGAGGCACAUUCACUGUUUGAGAGGUCCAACAAUUUACAGAGCAGGAUCGAUAAGCUGUCCGAUAAAGUGACAAAGUUAGACUCCUCCGUGGAGGAAGUUUCCUUACAGGAUAUCAAUAUGAGGAAGGCGUUCAAGAGUUCGGUGUUAACCGAUCAGCAGGUGGUAUCGAGAUCCAGUAUCCCAUCAGCCAUGAAUGAAAUUUACAAUCAGUGUGAUAAACCCCCAGCAUUAAAUAAUCUCAGUAAAUACAGGGAUGAUGGCAAAGAAGGACUGAAGUUCUACACUGAUCCUACGUACUUUUUUGAGCUCUGGUGUCAAGAUAUCAAAGAACAGACAGAAAAAAUAAAACGAGAAAAGAAAAAGAAGGUGUGUAUAGACUCUCCUACAUCCAAAUGA